CAUCAACAGCGGGCCCUGGAAGCGUGUCGGGCAGCGCUCAGGACUCGGAUGUGGGAAUUCCCGGGCCAGUCGGGACUGUGAGCCAGGUCUGUGCGGAGCCGCCAUGCAGGUCUCCAGCCUUAACGAGGUGAAGAUCUACAGCCUGAGCUGCGGCAAGUCGCUCCCCGAGUGGCUUUCUGACAGGAAGAAGAGAGCAUUGCAGAAGAAAGAUGUUGAUGUUCGUAGGAGAAUUGAACUUAUUCAGGAUUUUGAAAUGCCUACUGUGUGUACUACAAUCAAGGUGUCAAAAGAUGGGCAGUAUAUUUUAGCAACUGGAACUUAUAAACCUCGGGUUAGAUGUUAUGACACCUAUCAAUUAUCCUUGAAGUUUGAAAGGUGCUUAGAUUCAGAAGUUGUCACCUUUGAGAUUUUAUCUGAUGACUAUUCAAAGAUUGUCUUCUUACAUAACGACAGAUAUAUUGAAUUCCAUUCACAAUCAGGUUUUUACUACAAAACUAGAAUCCCUAAGUUUGGCAGAGACUUCUCCUACCACUAUCCUUCCUGUGACUUGUACUUUGUUGGUGCAAGCUCUGAAGUUUAUAGAUUAAAUUUGGAACAAGGACGGUACCUGAAUCCUCUCCAAACUGAUGCGGCGGAGAACAAUGUUUGUGACAUUAAUGUAGUGCAUGGAUUGUUUGCCACAGGAACAAUAGAGGGUCGAGUGGAAUGCUGGGACCCGAGAGUAAGAAGCAGAGUUGGCGUGUUAGACUGUGCAUUAAAUAGUGUCACAGCAGAUUCAGAGAUAAACAGCUUACCCACCAUCUCUGCUUUGAAGUUUAAUGGCGCCUUGACCAUGGCAGUUGGAACAUCCACAGGGCAGGUGUUAUUAUAUGAUCUUCGCUCUGAUAAGCCAUUGCUCGUCAAGGAUCAUCAGUAUGGGCUGCCCAUUAAGUCAGUUCAUUUCCAGGAUUCAUUAGAUUUGAUUUUGUCUGCAGACUCUAGAAUUAUCAAAAUGUGGAACAAGAACUCAGGGAAAAUAUUUACUUCCUUGGAGCCAGAACAUGACCUUAAUGAUGUUUGCCUCUAUCCUAACUCAGGAAUGCUUCUUACUGCCAAUGAAACCCCCAAGAUGGGCAUCUAUUACAUUCCGGUUUUGGGUCCAGCUCCCAGGUGGUGUUCCUUCCUAGACAACUUGACAGAAGAAUUAGAAGAGAAUCCAGAGAGCACGGUAUAUGACGAUUACAAAUUUGUCACCAAGAAAGACCUUGAAAACUUAGGGCUCACACAUCUCAUUGGAUCACCUUUUCUCCGGGCAUACAUGCAUGGAUUUUUCAUGGAUAUAAGACUCUAUCACAAGGUGAAACUGAUGGUAAAUCCAUUUGCUUAUGAAGAGUAUAGAAAAGAUAAAAUUCGACAGAAGAUAGAAGAAACACGUGCACAGAGAGUCCAAUUAAAGAAAUUGCCAAAAGUUAACAAAGAGCUGGCACUUAAGUUAAUUGAAGAAGAGGAGGAGAAACAAAAAUCUACAUUGAAAAAGAAAGUUAAGAGCCUUCCUAAUAUUCUCACAGAUGAUCGAUUUAAAGUUAUGUUUGAAAACCCCGACUUCCAAGUAGAUGAAGAAAGUGAAGAAUUUAGACUUUUGAAUCCACUUGUUUCAAAAAUUAGUGAAAAGAGGAAGAAGAAACUCAGACUCUUAGAACAACAAGAACUUCGUGAGAAAGAAGAGGAGGAAGAACCGGAAGGAAAACCGAGUGAUGCGGAAAGUUCAGAGAGUUCAGAUGAUGAAAAAGACUGGGUCGAAGAGGUCAGGAAGCAGCGCAGACUCCUGCACCAGGAGGAAAAGAUGAAGUGGCAGGAGCAACUGAAAGAGGACCAGCAGACGGUCCUGAAGCCCCAAUUUUAUGAGAUCAAAGCAGGAGAAGAGUUCAGGAGCUUCAAAGACUCUGCCACAAAGCAGAAGCUGAUGAACAAAACCCUUGAAAAUCGUUUGAAACUUGAAGCCAAAAAUGGGACAUUGAGUGUAUCAGACACCACUGUUGGCAGCAAGCAGCUGACGUUCACACUCAAAAGGUCUGAACAGCAAAAGAAGCAACAGGAGGCUGAGAAACUGCAUCGCCAAGAAAGGAAAAAGCUGCGCCGGUCUGCUGGCCACCUGAAGUCCAGACCCAGAAGAGGCCGGCCCUUUCACUGACCAUGGAUACAGGCCUGCACAUAGCUAGGAUGUGGCAUUUCUCCUCAUGGCUUCUUACAGAGGUAUCAAACCCAGAGGAGAGAACUCACAGUUUAAAGUUCCAUACAGAUGUGUGUGCAUGGUGCUGGCAGUGUGACAGCUGGCCCCAUUACCCAGUCCGGAGUGGUCCCCAGGGUGCUUUUUCUAAGUUUAUAAAUACUGUCCUUUAUCCUUGGUAUAAGAUCAUCAUUUUUAAUAUUGUAAAGGUAUACCAUGUAUUGAAAAGUUUAUCCUCUGCUAAAAACAAGGAUUCAUCAUGCUCUAGAAAUUUUUCUUCCAGUGUCCACUGCCACUCAGGAUUGAACUACCCACAAGUCCCACCCCUGUUUUACCUGGUACCUGUGAUUGGCCCUAUUUGUGUCCAUGAGUUUAUGUUGGCAGGCUUGUUUGCUUGCUUCUAUAUUAGUUUAGGGUAUUUUCAAAACUAUUUUUAUAUUGACAGCACAAAUUAAUAAACAAUGGAUGGAAGCUACUGGCUAUUCUUUUUAGCUUGGCACAAACUUAAAUAUGUUUUUCUGCCAAAACAGUGCUGCAAUUAAAAAUAAACUUGCUAGAGAAAACAUUUCUAAAAGUAAAUGCUUUCCUUUGCAUGACUUUUUAGGAAAUCUUGCCUUUUAUUCAUUUAAAAUUUACCUUUGGGUUCUGUAGUUUUCAGGUGCCUUUAUCCAAUUUUCUUUUCCUUUGUGUACAAGCGAAAUGGAAACUCUUUGGACUGUACUUGGUAGACCCUAACGUGGCAUAUCUACCGGACAGAACGCACAGCACAGUCUGAGGAUACUGUGGAGAGGGCAUGGGUUGAGAUUCAGUCACGGUGUCUCCCUCCACUUGCAGUCUGAUUCCUGUCUCUUCAGUUUCUUCUUUCUCCCUUCUCCAGCAUCAUUCUUCACCUGCCUUCCCAUGCCCAGCUGCUUCUGCACAGAUUAGUUUGCUCUGCACACAGGGGACACUGGGUCAUGUGUCCACUUGUGGUCUGAGAAAUAAUGUAUACUAAGAAGAGUGGGGAGGGUUUUGUGUUUAAGGCACAGCCAUAAGAAAGAUUCUUGGGUUUUGGCACCAGCCCACCUUGUGCUGUGGUAUGAGUCUUCUGACUGUUAGAGUCCUUACACCCCAUUGCAUGUUCCUCCAGCUUCUUCCCCUGAGCUCUGUCCAUGAGCUACCCUUGAAGGAUAGGGCCCCAGCAUCCAGUUGCUUUUUUAAAAUCUUUUUUUUUUAAACCUUUAUUUAUUCAUUUUGUAUCUUAUAUGCAUGGGCAUGUACAUGCCAUGGUGUACAUGUAGAGAUCAGAGGACAGCUUUGUGGAGUUUUCUCUCCUUCCACAUUUACAUGGGUUCCAGGGAUUGAACUCAGUUGUUCGGGCUGAGUGGCAAGUGCCUUUGCCUAGUGAGCCAUCGUGUUUAGGCCACUGCAUUGUUGAGAUUUUAUGGGGGCAGCAUCCCUGUUACAUGUCUAGCAGCAGAUGUCCUGGUCCUCUGACUCUUGUGGUCUUUUGGCCCCCUCUUCGAUUGAUGUUCCCUGAGCCGUAGGUAAAGGGGUUGCAUUGUAGAUGUAUCAGUUGGAGCUGGGCACCUUGUUAUUUUUUAAUGUAUAUAAUAACUUUAUGAAACAUCUGUAGCAAAACUGAAAAUGUUUCUGUUUUCAGUUCCUUUGUUUUGGGGGGGGAUUUUUGGGUUUUUUUGGAAGUAGUGUCUCCUGUAGCCCCAGCUGGCCUGGAACUCACUAUGUAGAUGAGGCUCACCUCAGUAAAAGGUGUCGACCACCACACCCAGCUCAAUUCUUUCUUUUAUAAUGAGAUUUGAGAGAGUAUUUUAAUUGUGGAAAGUGUUUCAUCCUCUUUUUUAACCAUCAUUUGUCAGAAAAGGAGGAGCAAAUAUUUUGUAAUGUACUUUGAUUAGUCUUAAUAACAUUCUGCUCAGUACAUCCAUACCCAUUCUAUUUUACCUGUGGUGAAAUGACCAAAGUUCUUAGGAUAAUAAUAUGGGCUUCCCAUCUCAUGAGUGAAUGGUCCAUAUCCCUCAUUCUCCAGCUGCCAGAAGAAUGGAGGUGGGGAUGGAGUUGGGGCAGGGACACCCUUUAGGGAGCCCCAGUGGAGGCCUCCUGACCCUGGACUAGUGGCCAGCGGCCCUGGUGAUUUUGAAGGUGGGGUUGGCAGGUGUGCAGAAUGAACACACAGGAUGUGGAAAGGUGAGGCCAGCAUGUAAUGCAAUGUUUGGCCUGAGCAGUGGCUGGGGAGGAGUUGUCCUUGACAUAGGGCCAACUGCAGCAACUAUAGACCAGGGGUGAGGGGCUCAGAAAAGAUUCAGUGCCAAAGAGUAAGGACCAGGUCCCUCCUCUCAAGGCUCCUGUGGCUGUCUUCUCACUCUAUAACAUCCUGCGUCCCCUGGUAGCCUGGCUGGACAUAGCCUCUUGUUAUUCUCUACUGUCUUCCACUGACCUUCCUGUUUCUAAAACAUUCCAGGCAUUCUCUCAAGCCACAGCCUUUAUACAUUCCGUUGUCUCUGCCCAGAACACUCUCCCCCAGGCCUCCUUUGUCAGGUCAGCUCCACUCUAAAUUGUCACGCCCCAGUGCCAGCAUGCCAAGAUUAAAAUGAUGCUCAAUAUAAUAUCUUUUUAAAACCCUGGCAAGAUGGUUCAUUGGGUAAAGGUUCUUGCUGCCAAGCUUGACUUCCUGAGUUCCAUGUCUGGAACCCACAUGAAGAAGAAAGCCUGACUCCUGUAAAUUAUCCUCUGACCUCCACACUUGCACCAUGGCACACGCAUGCAUAAAUAAAUAAAUAAAUGUAAUUUUUUAAAAGAGAAAAAAUGACCUUAGAGAGUGGUCAGUUACUGUAGUAGUAUCUGUAAAUAGAUGGAAUAGUUUUGCUGUGUAACAAAGCACCCCAAAACCUAGUGGUUUAAAUAGUAGUUGCCUAAUAGUGACAGUGGGUCUAGAUUCAGAAGCAACUUAACUGGGUGGUUCUGACUGAAGGUAAUGUUCUGUUCCAUCCUGCUCCACUUGCUUUAUCUGGCCCUUCAAAAAAGCUUAAAUUGAUUUCACAUAAAUGGCUCUGCUCCCAGCUGAGAGUUCCUGCCUCUCACCUAAUAAGCCAGUGAGGCUAGCCUUGUAACUCUUGCUGGUCUUCAUAGUGUGAUAAAUUGUAUACUGAAACAUUUAUUGAACAUCAGGAUUGUUUUGUUUUAAUUAACUAAACAGUUUUUUUAAAUCCUCCUCCCCAAAGGUCGUAUCCUUAGCACAAAAUUAGAGUGCAAAAUAGAUUUUAUGUAAGAAGAGCUGCCAUUGUAUAAAUGAUUUUAAAAAAGAUUUUGUUACCCUCAG